AUGGGAAGAAUUAAUUUUAUUUCAAUGCCAAAUUUACGUAUUUUUGAUAUAUAUCAUACUAGUAUUAUAAAAAAUAAUCAAUUAAUAUAUCUUCUUUUAAUUUAUGAAUUUGAUUCUUUGUUUUGGACUCAACGACAAUGGUUUUUUACACAUCAACAUAAUCGUCAAAAUAAAUUAGAUAGUGUAAUAAUUUAUUCAACAAAUCCAUAUAAAAGAAAAUAUUAUAGAUUUUAUUCAGAAUUCAAUUCACAACUUUAUUUACAUAUUCAAGAAAAUAAUUUUAAUUCAGUUAAACAUGUUUAUAUAUGUAGUAAAUAUUUACCGAAUCAUAGUGUAAUUUAUUUUCCAAAUGCUAAUGAAUUUACAAUUGAACAUUAUUUUAAUACAACUUAUGAUUCAAUAUCAACAAUUCUUAAUUGUAUGCUUCCUUUAAAACAAUUGACGAAAUUAGUUAUUCAAAGUUCUCAUUUUUCUUUUAAACAAAUUAUUAACUUAAUACGUUUUACACUUAAUUUACAUACAUUAAAAUUAGAUUUAUUAUCUUUUAAUGAAACUAAUUUAAAUUUAAGUCAACAAAAUGAAGCUUUUCAAUAUGUAUCAAAUACAAAUAAAAUACAAACUUUAGAACUUCGUGAAUCCUGUACAUUAGAAAAUUUUCAAGUAAUUAUAAAUGUAUUUCUAUAA